GUUUCGUCGGGGUCGCGCCGCGAAGCUGGUGAGAUCCCUCCCCCCUCCCCCUAAGCCCCGCCCCUGGUGGGGGAAGGAGUCGGCAGGGAGAGUCUGGGAAGGAAGGCGAAGUGGCGUUGAAGGAACGCAAGCGGGGAAAGAUUUGGGGAGGAAACCUGUAGGAAGGUGUGGGAAAGAAGGUUAAAAGGUUUAUCUGUUUUUGAGCUCAAAAGAAACAUCAACUGCAAGUUCAUUAAGGCAAUGCAGCUUUUGUCCUUGGUGUCCUGAGCCUCUGUGACCCUAUUCAGACAACUCAUCCAUCUCAAUGAAAUAUGUGGUGUUCGAGUAUCAAUGGUAUUAAUUUGUGUUUUGCUUUAUGAUGGAAAGGAGUUGUAACAUCCUGGGGCUUUAGCUGUAGCUAUUGGUUAUCAUGUGAUGUCGGAGUGAGACAGAAGCAAAGAUAGACAUGCAUUCCAACCACACAACUAGGAAUGGCUGUCGAGCACAGGAAGUUAUCCAGUUGAUCAAGAAGCAGCUGGUGAACUCCAUCAAAGCCCUGCAGAAGCAUUAUGUGACCUCUGAUGCUCUUGUAACAAGUGAUGAUGAAGAUGCUAAUACUCUUUGUUGUGUAUUGGAGGCUGUGUUUGUGCAUGGUUUGAACACUAAGCACAUCAAAGCAGAGGUUGGAGCAAAAGGGAAAAAACAUGGAGGGCGACUUCCUCAGCCAGUGUUUUGGACUCUGCUAAAAUCUAUUACUCACAGAAACAUAAUUUCUGAACUGGAAAACUUGGUCUUCAUCAAUACAGAUGUGGGGCGUUGCCGUGCGUGGUUGAGGCUGGCUCUGAAUGAUGGCCUGAUGGAGUGUUACCUAAAACUCUUGCUUCAUGAAAAGUCUCAACUCUCUGAAUAUUACCAUUCACCUGCUCUGCUUCUGGAUCCCGAGGAGGUUGAAUUUCUUCUCAGCUAUUUGCAGGGCUUGUCUUCUUUGGCUUUUGACCUCUCCUAUAAGUCAGCAGUAUUGAACGAGUGGACCAUCACACCUUUAUCCUUGUCAGGCCUUUGUCCUGCCUGGGAACUGUUGGACCCUCUUGUGGGGCUGGAAUCUCAAAGAAAGGAGACACUUGGUUUUCUCUCACAAUCUUCUGGCUCUGAUGAAAUUGAAGCUCACCCAGCCAUCCUGCCUGUCCCGAAAAGUCAACAGGCAGAUAAACUCACAGCUUCCAACUUAAGCAUCAGCACAACUGGUUCCUCACAGCUCUCUUCCAGCCUUGAUUCUGACAUUCUUCUCCCAGCCAAUCUUACCAGCACUACCAGCCCAGCUAGGGAGAAAGAGCCCAUCUCCAAUGACUCUGAAUUUGACAUGACAGCAGCAACAGCAGACUUGGACCAGGACCAGGACCUCCAAGAAGUGUUAGCAGAAUUUACCAGGACACAGAGAAAGCUGGAAUCUGUAGGAGUUCAUGAAGCAAACAUUGUCUCUCGGUCUUCCCCACCAGAGUGCCCCGGCCCUGCCACCAGUUUCUACACUGCGCACCUUCCUCGUACUGUAAUGGCAGAAGCUUCUGUUGACAUCAUGCUAUCUGCAUUAAUGACAAAUUCACAGCUUCCCAAUUUACCUAAGAGUGGAGAAUCUGUUAGUAGUACCAGUGUCCAACAGACCUCGAUGCUAGCCACAAUAAUUGUGACCAAAGAACCUGUGGAUGUGGCCCAAAUUCAUUGCAACAUCAAGGGAGGAACUAAAACCUGGGCCAGUGAAGUCAAUGGUUAUGACGGAAGCCUUCCAGGAACAGACCAGCUUCUUUCACCAGUCUCACCAGUGGUCUCCCCUAAAAGAAGCUGGAUCACUGAGGAUGAUUUUUACCUUCCUUCCCCUCCUGAGGAAACAGAAAAAAGCCUCUCCAGUUCUCCCAGCACCUCACUAGAGAGGCUUACCAGUUACCAACCUGCCAUGCCAUUGAGAGUCCCAGAUCAAGGCGAGCUCUCUGUCUCCUCAGCAGAGCUCAGCAAACCCAAACUGUCUCCUAGCAGGGAGCUGAAGGGCUUUAGUGUUAUUCAUCGGAGACAAAUAGGUCUUUCCAAUCCAUUUCGGGGUCUGCUGAAGUUGGGGACCCUGGAACGUCGAGGAGCUAUGGGCAUCUGGAAAGAGGUUUUCUGUGAGCUCUCACCUCUAGAGUUGCGGCUAUUUGUAGACUGUGAGAAGCGAGCAUGUGUAGAAAACUGUUCUCUGCUGAGAUGUGAGUCCUUAGGACGGGCUCACAGUGAUGGGCGCUUUGAGCUGGUCUUUUCCAACAAACGAUUGUAUCUUCGGGCUUCCUCUCGGGAUGAAGCAGAGGACUGGUUGGAACGGCUGCACGAGGCCCUGAAAAAGUAUAGGCUACAGCAAGAUGAAGGGUGGGAAACUCUAGAGUGCCCUGAGGCUGCAGAGGAUUCUGAGGAUUUCUUUGGAGGUGGACCACCUGGUGACUUGCCUUCCUUCUCGGUGUAUAGUAGAACUGGCCCAACUGAGUUGGACUGGUCAUGUGCCUUGAAACCCGAGUUAGAUGCAGUCAAGGAAUCAGUCCUGUACUUGGAAGUUGAAAAAACAUGGGUCCCUUUGGUAUUCUCCUUGUCCUUAGAAGCCUUGAAAUGCUUCAAAGCCAGAAAUGAUAAAAAGAUACUGUACAACAGCUUUGGAAUUGAGACCAUCCAGGAUAUCCUGCCAGAUGUGAGCCUGGGUGGACCUGCAUUCUUCAAGAUCAUCACUUCAAAAGCAGUGCUGAAGCUGAGAGCUGAGAACGCAGAGGAGGCAACUGAUUGGCGAGACCUGGUCCGCCGAGUGCUCAUGUCCUACCUGGAAAUGGCUGAGGAGGCCCUCACACUUGGAGGCAAUCUGGAUGGCAAUUCACAGGCAAUCCUGAAGAAUACUGUUAAGGAAAAUGGAUACUUGCUGCAGUAUCUGGUUGCCAUCCCCAUGGAGAAAGGCCUGGACUGCCAAAGUUUCAUAUGUGCAGGCUGCUCCAGGCAGAUUGGUUUCUUCUUUAUGAAGCCUAAGUUGUGUUCAUUCACUGGCCUCUAUUACUGUGACAAUUGCCACCAAGAUGAAGAGUCUGUGAUACCUUCACGUCUAAUUCAUAACUGGGAUCUUUCCAGAUAUCCGAUUUGUUGCCAGGCUCUGAAAUUCCUAGCCAAAAUUCAAAAUCAACCCUUGAUUGACCUGAAGCUGGUGAAUGAAACCCUCUAUGACCAUGUAGAGCAAAUGAAGCAGAUCUAUCAGAAUCGUGAGCAGCUGAAGCUCCUGGGUGAUUACCUUGUCCUUUGUCGCAGUGGCGCCCUGAAGGAGAUCAGUAAGAGGCUUGACCACCGGCACUAUCUCCUGGAGUGUCCCCAUAAAUACAGUGUGGCUGACCUGAGGCAGAUAGCAGACGGUAUAUUUGAAACUUUUCUUCAAUCGCUGAUCCAAUUUGCCUCCCACCAUGUGUACAGCUGUGAUCUAUGUACUCAGAGGGGCUUCAUCUGCCAAAUAUGCAACAAGAAUGAUAUCAUCUUUCCCUUUGAAUUUGAUACAACCAGCAGGUGUAGUGAGUGCAAGACUGUCUUCCACAAUAGUUGUCAGGCAAAUGUCAGUUUCUGCCCUCGUUGUGUCCGUCGACAGAAAUAUCACCAGCAACUGCAAGAAUUCCUUUGGAAAUGAUCUCAACUGUGCCAGUCUUUUUUGGAAGAUUUUGGAAUUGGAUAAGAGUCUGGAAUUCUCCAGAAGGCAAUUGGAAAACAGAAGCUUAGGAGCAAUGGAAAAACACUGCCAGCUGCACACUUUCUGUCUGGAUUAUAGUCCUACAACAACCAGUGCACCUUGCCAUCAACUCUGGGAAAGGAACUCACAGAGAUACUUCCUUGAAUUCACCCAUUAUUCCUGCCUUCCCAAGCAAAUCCAUCCUUAUCCUGACAUUUGGUGAAUACUGGAUAUUAAAGGUAUACGUAGCAAGAUCUCCCAAGAAGACUGAUUUUAGUGGACGUUUCUUGAAUUAAAUAGCUGGAGAAAAGGGAAUGUUAUUUUACUUUUAACAAAUGCAAUUUCCAGAAGAUUUCUUGUGCCUUCUACACUUUACAGACUGCUCUUAAAAUGUCUUGUGCCAAAAUAGCUGCUGAAUUCUUUAGGAAGGCAUGCCAUCCUUGGUGUCCUCUUCAAGCAAAGUGACCUUCUCAUAAAUAAGCUAUUAUUAUUCUCCACUUUUUUUAAAAAAAAAUUCUCAAUAGGCAUAUUCCAAACUUGAUUUUAAUAUUAUCUUUUAUUCUCCUAUGCAGAUAAUUAACUUUAUUGAAUAAAUAACAGAUGUAUUUUAUAAAUACUUCUUGGCAAUGCUUAUUUGCAAACUAACUAUAGGCUUCUUUUGGGUUUAUGUUCAUCCAGCAAACAAUAACAUUCUGUAUUCAGGAACAUGUGACACGGAGAAUCCUAAUAAGACUAACGAUAAAAGGUUGAAACCUGGAUUCUGGAAGAAACUGCAUUCAUUCAUUCAGUUGCACAAUUGACCUACUCAAUAAGUGACCCUUGGCAGUGAACAAAUUUAAAAUACUUCAAAUACCCAACAAUUACAACAAUACAAAAAUUAGCACUUGAGAAAUAUGUCCUAUAAUCACUAGCACACCCAAAAAACAGGUCCCUGCACAUGCUUGUCCCCAGGCAGAUUCUGAUAUUACAGCUGGAAUAGGAAGGACCUGCCUUUCUUAGAGAGCAAUUAUAGUACAAAAAAUUGGUUUACGCCUCCGCCCCCUGGAGGAAAUACCAAGCUCAGCUUGGAGGUGAGCAGUGUGGCACAUGGGGUGUGGGAGGGUUGUGCGUGCAUUCGCCUGUGGGGGCGUCCUUUGCGUUAUGGGUGCCAGCACACCUGCACGCUAUUGUGUGCACGCGCUCACAGUCUGAGGUUUCUAGCGAAGCAGGGCACGUAGUUUGCCUCUUAAAAUCUAUAAAACUCAGAGAGGCUGAAAUAUUGACCAUAUCCAUUCAAGUGUUCUCUAAAUCCAAUAAAAGUAGAGGAGCAAACUGA